UCGGCAACAUUCAAUUUACUCGAUGCUACUGCUGCAUCUACAUCCAGCAGCAUGAUGGAUGAAUCCAAAGACUUCAGUGAGAGCAGACAACUUCCCAGCGAUGUGAUGGUGCGUCGAAUCCCCAAAGUGAUAACACAGCCGCCAUUCAACAUGACCGGAAGAGAAAGAGCGUCGUUCAUUGCUGAGUCUCUGGUGCAUAACCAUAGAAUUUGCAACACGGUUGUCUCGAAAGCUGUGGCAAGUUUGAGUCCGACGAAACCUGCUGAUUUCAAAACUCCCUCAAAAGAUUCUCCAAAGAAAUCAGAAGCUGUGAAAAAUGUUCCGAACUUGUUCAAGCUGCCUAGCGAACAAACUAACAAACCAAAGGGAGAGAGUGUGAAGGCACUUGACUUCAGCCCUAACUCUUCUCCAAGCUUUGGAAAUCAAUCUCAGAUGUCCUUCUUCAAAACACCCACCAAACAACCUGAAUCAACAAUUGCAAAACCUUUCUCAUCCAGUUUUGAGACUCCCGUUCCGAAAAAUCAGAGCAACAGAGAGAAUGUAGGGCCGUUUGGAGGGUUUUCUGCCCUUAGUAAUACAACAGCAACUGUGACUGAGCAAGCUCCCACUGAUUCUCCAUUUGCUGCAAAGCUCGCAGAAAAACAGCCUGUGAAUUCACCAUUCUCCGGAAAGCCUCUUGAAAAUCAGUCUAUUUUCUCGUCUGGAUCUGGAGUUGCACAAGAAGGCAAGUCACCUCUUGCAUCGAUAUCCAACUUAUUGGAAGGGUUAGCACCGAAAGCUGAUAGCAAAUCUAGUCAGCCAGCGACUUCGUUCGUGUUGAGUACUAAGACCGAUAAAACACCUCCAACGAGUACUACAAGCUUCUUUGCUGGUUUGAAGAACACUGAUACAACAGCACCACAACAAAUCUUUUUAGUUUUUCAACUCCCACAAAAUCUGAAGGCAAAGAUAGCGCUGCCACUAGCGCAAGUCAGCCGUUUUUCAAAGGUGUGAAUCUGUUUGGUGGUGUAGGUGCAUCCUCAGAAGGAAAAGAAACGGGUACCGCGUCGUCCCCUUUUGCAAGCAAUGCAUCUCUGUUCGCUGGUAAGCCACUGGUUUUUGGUGCAGGAUCCGCUACUCAAACGACUGGGGCAAGCAGUGGAGAUAAACCGAUUUUUGGUGGUGUUUCUUCCUCUACCACAGUAUCGACCACUACUACCACCACAGCUACACCUACUUCUGUUAGCACUGUACAAGAAACUGCCAAAGUAGAUACUACAACAACUAGCCUAACUUUUGGGAAAGCUAGUGAGAAAAUUGCUGACUCCACGGAGGCAGAACCUGUGAAAACUGGCUUGCAAACAAAUUUGAUGUUUGGAGGUGGUUCCGUACAGAAACCAACAACGGCAGCAGCUGAUUCCAAAAGUAACUUGUUUGCGUUUCAACCGUCAGCUGGGUUCUCUUUUGCUCAACCACCCAAGGAAACAGCAGAUAAAGUUGAAGGUGCAAAGGUGGCUGAGAGUUCUGCAACACCACCAGUGGCAGUUAGUGGUAGUGAUAGUACUGCCAAGACUGCAUCAGAUAAGGGUACCGGUAGUAUUUUUGGUGGUGGUUUGGUUUCUGGAGAAAAAGCAAGUAUUUUCGGUGGAAGUGCAGAAAAAAGUAGCGUGUUUGGUGGUGGCACUGCCGAUAAAGGUGGUAUUUUUGGUGGUACUGCAGAAAAAGGCAAUGGUUUUGGUGGGAAUACAGUUGCUGCUGCUGAUAAGGGCAGUAGUAUAUUUGGUGGAAGUUCUGAUAAAGGAGGACUUUUCGGUGCUGCCAGUACAGUGUCAUCGUCUCCUGUGAGCUUCUCAUUCACACAGAGUUUGGCCAACGCGGCAGUUUCUACUUCUACAGCGACUCCAACCCAAGGGACAUCCCCAGCAACAACCUCAGCAACCCCACAGCCUGGGUCCGCUACAGGGUUCCCUGUUGUAAGUGCUGCAACUUCAUCCACAACAACUCCACAACCAACAACCUUCUCGAAUUUCCUCGUGACGAGUACAGUUUCGGAGAGUACAACAGUUAGCGCACCUGAAACCACACCAUCGUCAACGGGUAUCAGCUUUUCAAACUUUAAUUUCGGAUCAAGCGCUCAACAACCAGCCGAUGCAAACACUAAAAUGGGCGGCCUCAGUUUUGGACAGUCGGCCAGUGGUAUUUCGGGAUCGAUCUUUGGUGGUGCUACAACUAUCACCCCUGUACAAUCAACGAAUGUGUUUGGGGGAGGUGCUGCCGCAACAACUGCAGAAUCGACAAAAACGCAGGCGCCGUUCAGUUUUUCGAUCUCGGACUCGCAGAACAGCAAUACAGCUACGCCCAAGUCGUCGUUCUUCGGCUCGAAGCCGCUGUUUGGGACGCCGACGGCCACCAGUCAGCAGCAGCCGACGGGAGGCUUCUUUGGAGCCGCAACCACCACUGCGACGGCCGCCACUAAGCCGGAGGGCACCGGUCUGUUCGGGCAGGCCACUCUGUCGUCGCCGUUCGGCCAGAGUCAGCCGCAGUCGUCGUUCGGAGGCCCGCCCACUUUUGGACAGCCGGCCGGGGGUUCAUUGUUCGGACAAAGUCCCAGUUCAGGGUUUGGUUCUCAAGGCUCGUCCGUGUUUGGUGGGGGUGGAUCCAUGUUUGGAGGGGGCACGACUGCUGACACCACUGCUAAUCAGCCUUCCGGCGGAUUGUUCUCAAGCCCUGCUACUGGAGGACUUUUUGGCAACAGUAAUUCUCUUGCUAGUCCAGUUGGCUCUUUCAGUCAACCAACUUCUCCUUCCAUCAGUCAGACUGGCUUCGGAACAGCAUUUCAAAAUAAGCCAGCUACAUUUGGAGGUCAACCAGCUUUCGGUGCGCCUUCCUCAUUUGGUGGAGCUCCCACGUUCGGAGGCUCGGCCACUUUUGGAAGUCCCAACAAAGUGUUCGGCUCUCCUCAGUCAGCUGGAGGUAAGUGAUGCUCUUUGGUCUCA